UCUCUCAAGGAGGUAGCCACAGAAGGGACAACAUACACCAUGGGGUCCUCUUCAGUGUCUACCCACAGAGGACUCAUCCACUGGCAAGAGGUCCUGCUGGUUGUCUCACUCUUAAACUUCUGGAGCCAGCCCACCAUGGCCCAUGUGAGAAUUGAAUGGAACGAUGCUCUGGAGCAAAUGGAUGCAGUUCUACGUAUCCGCGAUCAGCCUCGCAAUGCAAAAGUCUUCCUGUGGUUUAGGGGAAGUAACAUUGACAUCUAUAGUAAUAUUGCAUAUCUUUUAGUAAACCAAGGAAAUUAUAUAAGAGGUCCUCCAGGUGGACAAGCAAUAGUAAAUGAUGAUGGGUCCUUGGUGUUAAAGAAUGUCACCAUGAAAGAUACAGGAAUCUACACCUUAAUGAUCCAACUGCACGGCUGCCAAAGAAUGACAUCAUGUGGAAAACUUACUGUAUACCCCCAUGUGAGUGUGCCCACCCUCCUAGCCAGCAACACCACAGUCACAGAGAAUAAGGAUGCGGUGGUCAUGUCCUGUGACACAAACCAUGAUGACAUCGAGUGGUUUUUCAAUGACUCAAGUCUGAAGUACACACAGAGAAUGACACUGUCACCUGACCACAGAAACCUCACCAUAGACCCUGUCCUGAGAUGGGAUGCUGGUGAUUACCAGUGUAAAGCCUCCAACCCCAGGAAUGGUGCAAAAAGUGCUCCACUUAAGCUGGAUGUGAAAUUUGAGUGA